GAGCUUUUCAAUAGUGAAUGCCACAUCCCCGAGAGUGUUAUAGGCUGUCAGAAAGUUUGUAGAAAAUCCAUACUUUGGCUGAGACUUUGGUUGAGAUGGUCUUUAACUUUCUUUCUGACUCAAAGCUCUGAUAAUUUUGUGGGUUUAGAGAGACCCAGCCCAGCUCCUCACAGAUUAAGUGACCUGUUUAACAUCACAUAAAGAAUUGGAUAUCUGAUGUCUCAUUCCUCUCUAGGCUGCUCUACAGACUUCCUUUUUCACAGCCCAUCUCUUCAGCCUGAAGUUUCAUUUCAACUGGAAUUCAUACACCAGAAGAACCCUAAGUACAGCUCUCACUCUGCCUGAAUGACUCCAACAGGAACCUCCAUUUAAAGAGUGCCAAGACCAGCCACAUCUCUUUCCUCUCCAGGUUGCACUUCUGACUUUCUCCACUAUGGAUGAGAUUCUCUCUCUUCCCUCCUUUUCAGCUUCCUUAUGUGGAGAAGUGCCUGAGAAGAUGUCAUCCCUGGCAUCAGCAAACCAGAGCUCUGGGGAGUCCGAGGAUUAUUCCUAUGGGAACUGGUACAUUGAUGAGCCGAACGCAAGAGAAGAAGCAUCUCAACCAUAUGAAACUAUUCCAGCCUGCCAGCACAGCUUCCCACCCAGCCUUUACCAUACCUGCUUGGCCCCAUUGUCGCUGGUUGCCAUCUUGUUGCUGUCCCUGCUAGUGAAACGCCGGAGACUCUGCCUGGGGUGCUGUCAUGGGACCUUUGGACUUCCCAGUCCUUUGGAUUUCCUGGCAGAAGAAAGUGGCCGGCUGGUGCCUGUGGCUGUAUUUGGGAUCCUCUUCACUAAACUCUGUGUGCUGGCUUUGGAGGAAGACCCUUUGCCUUUUCUUCCCAUCUCUUCUCCAGCUGGUCAAGGUUACUGGAAGACCUUGGCUUUGCUCUACUACCCUGCCCUCUAUUACCCUCUAAUUGCAUGUGCCACAGUCAGACACCAAGCUGGAUACGUCUUGGGCUGCUUACUCUCCUGGGCCCACUGUGCGGUCCAAAUAUGGCAUAAAGUGGAGUGUCCUCAGACUCCCAAGAUCUACAAGUACUAUUCCUUGCUGGCCUCCUUGCCCCUCAUCUCUGGACUUGUGCUCCUGAGUCUUUGGUACCCUACCCAGCUCCUAAAAAGCUUGAGUCAGAAGAUGGCAGUGACUGGCCUAGAGGUGACCGGGAAAAGUUACUAUGAAGACUAUCUCAGGCACAUCCUCAGUGGGAAGAGGUCAAAAAGCAGCUCCUCGGUGGCCAAUCCAAGCUUUCCCUCCCGGAUCUUGUUCUAUUUCCUCUCCCACAUCUACUCUCCACAGCGAGGUUUCCGGCUUCCCCUGAAACUCAUCCUUUCAUCAACCUUGGCAGCAAUCACAAUUUAUCAGGAAGUCCUGCUGCUCCUGGUGGCCUUUGUCCCCAACCUCCAAAAGGCAAGGGAAGGAAUCACAGAAGAAGUCACCUACAUGUUGGCUGGCUUUGGACUGGUCCUCUCAGAAGACAAGUUGGAAGUGAUAGCAUGGGUGAAGUACUACCUCUGGGCUUUGGAAGUGUGCUAUGUCUCCGCUCUGGUCCUGUCCUGCUCGCUCACUUUCCUCAUGCUGACAAGGUCACUGGUGACUCACAGAAAUAACCUGAGAGCUUGGCACUGUGGUGCCACUCUGGAUGGAGGCCCCCAGCCCCAGAAGCCAGGUGUGGGAGCUACAGCCAUCUUUUGCUGGAUGAGCUUUUCAGGCUACCAAACAGCUUUCAUCUGCCUCGGGCUCUUUCUCCAGCAGAUCAUCUUCUUCCUUGGCUUCGUGCUUUUCACCUUUCUGGUCGUCAUCCCCAUUCUCUAUGGCAGGAACCUUCUACUCUUCUAUAUGCUGGAGAACACAUGGCCCUUCUGCCUCACACUGAUCCUGGCUGUGAUCCUGCAGAACCUCACUGCUCAUUGGGCCUUCCUAGAGAACCACCAAGGCCAGCAAGAGCUGACCAACAGGAAAUCUCUGUAUGCUGUCACUUUCCUGCUCUUCCCCAUUAAUGUGCUGGUGGGUAUCAUGGUGGGUUUCUGCCGGAUGCUGAUCUCUGCCCUGUUUAACAUCAUCCACUUCUGCCAGCUGGACCUCAGCUUGCUCCCCCGUGGUGUGGAGACUUUGGACCCAGGCUAUCGCACGUACUGCUAUUACUUGAAGAUGGAGGUCAGCCAGUCACAUCCGGCAAUGAGAGCCUUUUGUUUCCUGCUCCUGCAAUUACCUGGCUCCCAGAGACUGGCAGGAGCCCAAGCUGGUCUCAGACCCAGUGAUGUAGAAGAAGGGAUCCGUUUGCUGCAGACCAAGAACUCAGCCAGGAAUGCCACCCGGUCCAGACAAAGUCGGAUCCGCUGGGGAUUGGCUUAUACCCUUAUCCGCAAUCCAUCUCUCCUGACCUUCCGGAAAAAAAGCCUCUCUGGCCCGCUGGCAAAUGGGAGCCAGCCCAGCUCUCCCAAUCCAUGAUGGAUCUGCAGAGCCCAGAAGGGAAAGAAGAGGGAACUGCCUCCAUGUAUCUCUGUCCAGGGAGGUCCCUGGUAGGAACCUCACUGACAUUUUCCUUCCUUCCUCUCCCUCCCUCCUCCUGGAUUCUUUCCAAACUUAUUGCUUUGAAGAUCUUCUCUGGAGGAAUUCUGGAUGUCUCCUACCCAGAGAGACUGUACAGACAGCAGCUCCUGGAUGCUGAUGAUGCAUUCUCCACCAACUUUUGUUUGUUGUUGUCUUUUUGGUGGGGGAGAGAGAAGGCAAAUAAUUUGCUGUGAUCCCUGGCAAACACAGACAUCCUUGGCGUCCUAGAAGAUCACAUGACUUCUAUAAAGAACACAGGAAUCCCAUCCCCAAGACUCAAGUGUCCAGGGAAACUAAUCCUGCCCCUGGGACCUGUCCUAUUUUCUCUUCCAUGGAACCAUUACUAUAGACAAAAAUCCAUAGUCUUCAGGGCUCAUCUCCCUAUAUUCUUUCAUCUCACUCAUUCAUCUGUUCAUUCAUUCAACAUAAAUUUAUUGAUCACUUACUAAAAGAUACUUAGUGUUGGAUUCUAGAGUUCCACACACACCCACCAGUACCUGCUCUCAAAGAGAUUACAUGGGUGUGUAUGUGUGUGUAAUUAUUCUCUUCAUAUAGAUAAAUACAAGAUGAUCAGGAUAGGAGAGAGGUUACAAAAGAUCUCUCUUGGGAGGUGACACCUGAAUUGAGUCUUGAAGGCACUUUCCAGGAUACUUCCCUCUCUGGGUAGUCACCUUCUCUUUUCCUUCUGAGGUCCAGCUCUAAAUGAAUUCUAGUGGGGGUCUUCUUGAUCAUCCAGAAUAAAGGAGAAAAGACACUGGCUUUACUAAGUAUCCAGAAAUUUAGAGAGUGAUGUCCAUAGCCCAUUUCAAAGCACCUAGAACUGAGCUUGUAUCUAAAGAUUUUCUCUAGGUUCCUAUUCCAGAAAGCCCCAUGACUGCUCAGUGGUUCUGAAUGGUCCCAAACUUCUUUCUAAAAACGCAGCUUAAUUUUUAGAGUUUUAGUCAAAGACUUCUUGAGAUACCUUCCCCACCUCCACACACAAGCUACCUUCUAAUCCCUGGGAUCCUAGCCCAGCUGUCUGAGAUUCAGGUCCUAGUGAUGUUUAGUUUGGCAUCCAUCUUCCUUGCUAGGGAUUAGGGCUCCUGCCUCCCUCUCUAGCUUGGUCUCCAGCUCCAAUGCCCAUUUUUGUCCCAAGAAGUCUUGAAUAUUCUUGGCUUGGUUCCCUUUCCAGGGAAAAGCCAAAAGCUAUCCUUUCAGCUUUAACAAAUUCCUCCCUCAACAUUCAGUUAGUGGGUAACUGGGUAGGUCUGGGGGAAUAAAGAAAGAUCACUCCCACAUUCCACAAUAUCCCUGAGCAGACAAUUGCUGCAUCCCCCCUCCCCCAAAGAACAAGAAAGAAAUAUUUCCUUAUGUGACCCUUGUAGAACUCCAUGUACACAAAUGCUGUAAUGGUGGAAUAUAGAACACAAUUUCAAUGCAGCCAAUCAGACUGCUUUCCUCUCUAUUCUUAAAGGAACUGUGGGUUCAAAUCCUUUAAUCACAGGAGAAGACAAUUGAUUGGAGUUAGCCUGACAUUUGCCAGGGACCAAUGAAGCUCUAUGGUAGAUUUGGGUCUAGUUGGGUUUGGUAUGGGUCAAAAUGGGGACAAAGGAUGCCAACUGGAGGGUUUGGGAUAUUAAAAUAGUACCACAUCUCUACUCUUAAGUCUUCAUUGUCUCCUAGGGAUCCCCCUCCAAAAAAGUGGGUUCCAAGGGAUUCUUAGUUUUCUCCAGAGUCUUCUUAAGACCUCUAAGGCACCUUCUAGCCCCUGGAAUAGAGAGGAGCUCUGUUCCCAUAGUCUUUGGCAAGCUCAGCGCUACAUCUCACUCUACACAUGACCAGUGUUCAUGACUGCUGGAUGUGAAGGAAAACUCCCCAACAAUUGGAGCUAUCUGCCUUGGGAGUUCCUCCUCACUGGAAGGCUGCAAGUGAAGACCGUUAGAUCAUUUCUGGAUAUGGUAGAGAAGAUUCUUGUGCAUGUGUGAACUGGCCUAGAUGUCCUUGGGGGUCCCUUCCAACUCCAAGAUUCCUCCCUGAAAUCCAUUUUCCACUCUUUCCCUUCUCCCCUUCCACUUCCUCCUUUUUUGAAACUGGCUAACACUUUCCAACAUGGGAGAGCAUGCAUGGAGCCAGUUGGAAUUUUUGGUGACCAUUUGGUUUCCAUGACUACUAGGGAGGGUAAGUGGAUUCUCCUGGGAGCAAUUUUCCCAUCUCAAAGCAUAUUUUACCUUUGACCAAUUUGCUGUUACAGAACCUGGUCCUGGCCUGGAAAUAUACUUGAACUCCAGAUAUUUUUAGUGUUUCUACCUUUGCAUGUUAUGAAAGAGAUCAGUGUUUCCUUUAAUAAAUGACUCCAAAUGAA